UUUGAUGGUUGUGGACCUGUGCUCAAUGGAGUUCAGAGGGACAGUGGGGUUGGUGGAGGGAUGUAUGGUUAAGUAAACCUACCGAAUGCUGGAAAGCCUGGAUACAGUGGACAUGGAGAGGAUGUUUCCAUUAGACGGAGAGUCUGUGAUCUGACAGCAUAGGCUCAGAAUAAAGACGCUUCCCUUUAAAAUUGAGUUAGACCUGCGGUGAGAGAUUUAUUGGUAUAAAAAACCCAACUGGAAGCAAACCACGACUGAAGAUGAGGGAACAUCAACAAGUGAACCAGCCCGAGGAUUGAGAGCAUCAACUGAAGAGAAUCCAUCUGACUCGGAGAUUCCAGUGAUUCAGUCAGGAGAAAGUUUGGUUAAAAACGAGAAGGAAUUUGUCUCCCAGAAGCUCAAACAUGGCACAGCAGUUUUGCUGUCUCUGUCUAGAUAUUUAAGAGGUGAAGCAAGGGAUUCAAUCAACCUUCCUAUCUGAUCAGACUACGGGGCAGGAUUCACUCAGUCAUUUGACCAACUGGCACCUCCAUUAUUUUACACAGGGGAGAGCCCAUUCUUCUGCUCAGGCUGUGGGAAUGGAUUCAGUCAGUCAUCUCAACUGAAGGUACGUCAGUAAGUUCACAUUGGGCAAGGUCAUUCACCUGUUCUGUGUGUAAAAAAAAUAUUUAGUCUGUCAUCCCACCUGUGGACCCACCAGUCAGAAGCUGGUCAUCUGCUAAAUUUCUGGGGAAGGAUUCACUCGGUCAUCUGACCUAAUGGCUCACCAGUCAGUUCACACAAGGGAGAAGCCAUUCACCUGCUCAGACUGCGGUAAGGGAUUUACUCGGUCAUCUGACCUAAAGGUACAUCAGCGAGUUCACACUGGGGAGAAGCCAUUCACCUGCUCAGUCUGUGGGAAGGGAUUCACUCGGUCAUCCUACCUGCAGAAUCAUAAGCAAGUUCACACUGGGGAGAAGCCAUUCAUCUGCCUAGAAUGCGGGAAGAAAUUCACUUUGUCAUCCAGCCUGCGGAGUCAUCAGCGAGUUCACACUGGGGAGAAGCCAUUCAUCUGCUUAGAAUGUGGGAAGAAAUUCAUUUCGUCAUCCAGCCUGCUGAGUCAUCAGCGAGUUCACACUGGAGAGAAACCGUUCACCUGCUCAGAAUGUGGGAAGGGAUUCACUCAUUCAUCCAGCCUACAGAGACACCAGCAAUCUCACACUGGAGAGAAGUUGUUCACCUGCUCAGUCUGUGGGAAGGAAUUCACUCAGUUAUCCAACCUGCAGAGUCAUCAGCGAGUUCACACUGGAGAGAAGCCAUUCACCUGCUCAGAAUGCGGGAAGGGAUUCACUUUCUCAUCGACACUUAAGGUACACCAGCGAGUUCACACCAGGGAGAAACCGUUCACCUGCUCAGUCUGUGGGAAGAGAUUCACUUUCUCAUCUAACCUGAAGGUACAUCAGGUGGUUCACACUGGGGAGUGGCCGUUCACCUGUUCAGUCUGUGGGAAGGGAUUCAUUAACUCAACUGAACUGAUAGUUCAUCAGCGAGUUCACACUGGAGAGAGGCCAUUCACCUGCUCAGACUGUGGGAAGGGAUUCAUUAAGUCAGCUGAACUGAAGGUUCAUCAGCGAGUUCACACUGGGGAGAGGCCGUUUACCUGCUCAGACUGUGGGAAGGGAUUCACUUCCUCAUCUAACCUGAUGACACACCAGCGAGUUCACACCGGGGAGCGGCCGUUCACUUGCUCGAACUGUGGGAUGAGAUUCGCACGGUUAUUCACCCUACAGUGUCACCAGCGAGUUCACACUGGGGAGAAGCCAUUCACCUGCUCAGACUGUGGGAAGAGAUUCACUCAGUCAUCUGACCUAAAGGCUCACCAGCGAUUUCACACCAAGGAGUGUCCAUUCACCUGCUCGGACUGUGGGAAGGGAUUCACUUUGGAAUCGACUCUAGUGAAACACCAGCGAGUUCACACUGGGAAGAAGCCAUUCACUUGCUCAGAAUGUGGUAAGGGAUUCACUAUGUCAUCUCACCUACUGAUACACCAGCGAGUUCACACUGGGGAGAAGCCAUUCACCUGCUCAGAAUGUGGUAAGGGAUUCACUAUGUCAUCUCACCUACUGAUACACCAGCGAGUUCACACUGGGGAGAAGCCGUUCAUCUGCUCAGACUGUGGGAAGGGAUUCACUUGCUCAUCCCAACUGAAGGUACAUCAGCGAGUUCACACUGGGGAGAAGCCAUUCACCUGCUCAGAAUGUGGGAAGGGAUUCAGUCGGUCAUCCAGCCUACAGAGUCAUCAGCGAGUUCACACUGGGGAGAAGCCAUUCACCUGCUCAGAAUGUGGGAAGAGAUUCACUCGGUCAUCCCACCUACUGAAACAUCAGCGAGUUCACACUAGGGAGAAGCCGUUCACCUGCUCAGACUGUGGGCAGGGAUUCACACUGUCAUCCCACCUACUGAGACAUCAGCGAGUUCACACUGGGGAGAAGUCGUUCACCUGCUUAGACUGCGGGAAGGGUUUCACUCGGAUAUCCAACCUGCAGAGUCAUCAGCGAGUUCACACUGGGGUGAAGCCAUUCACCUGCUCAGAAUGCGGGAAGGCAUUCACUCGGUCAUCGCACCUACUGAGACAUCAGCGAGUUCACACUAGGGAGAAGCCAUUCAUCUGCUCAGAAUGA